AUGACUCUCUCUCUCUCUCUCGUGACGCGCGCGCUCUGUCUCUCUCUCGUGACGCGCGCGCUCUGCCUCUCUCUCGUGACGCGCGCGCUCUGCCUCUCUGUUUCUCUCUCUCAUGACUCUGACUCUCCUGGCUCUCAUGACACACACACACACACACUCUCUCUCUCUCUCUCUCUCUCUCUGCGGUCUUUUGGCGGCUUGGGAUCGGCACGAUCUUCUGCUCGUUCUGACGCUGUUAGCAGCGCAGCCAACGCUACGACGACCGUCGUGGUGCCGACAACCAUCAGCACUGCGGCGCCGACCACCCAGCCUAACACGACGACAACCACUCCAGUGUCUCCCAAAACAAGUUCUUCCACCUCGCCCGUGCCCACUGAGACGGGAAACAUGACCACGACGAUGAGCACUUCCACCACCACGACUCAGCCGGAGAUCAAGCGUGACAUUGCCGAGCUGAAAAAGGGCAUCAUUGCCGGUGGCUGGAUUCCCUUUGUCGCCUUCGUCGGUGUCUCCAUCAUCUUUGCCUGGUCCUUUGUCGGCUUUUACCAACACAAACGCGAGAAAGAACUGGGUUCAACCAUCGUGGCCAUCAUGGCCAUUGUUGUGUCUCUCUUGACCUGUGCCCUGGUCCCUGUCGACAUCUACCUCGUUUCGUCCUUCAAGGGUAGCAACGGUGGCUUUCACGACUGGGCCUUUGAUCACUAUGAAGAUGUCACCGACACUGUGCGCUUUGCCUACUACACCGUCUAUGCCCUGGUCUGUGCCUUCGUUUUUUGCAUCAUCCCGAUGGCCUACUUCUUCUUUGAAGCCAAGGACGAGGUCGAGGGCACUUCCUGCAUGAAGCGUUUCUCCUCGGCUAUCAAGUAUACCCUCGGUAUCUUGAUUGUCUUUGCCAUCAUUAUGGUAGUCGGUGCCUUUGCCAUUAACACGGAUGGCACCAAUUGCUCGGACGAUAUCAAUUCGGCCAAGGCUGCCGAGGAUGCGUCCAAGUGUCGCGCUGAGUAUGCCGAAAAGUCAUUGACAAGCAACGGUGGCAAUAACGCCAUUUCGUUCGCCAUUGGCCUUUUGACCACCAUCGGUGUUGGCUACUACGUAUACUACACGGCCUGGGGCAUGGUGGCCAUGCCUAUCGAUAUGAUCCGCAGUCGCAGCAACAACUCGACUCAUUACAAAGCGCUGCGCGCCGUUCAGGAGGAUCGUGCUCAAGCUGAUGACCAGCUGCGCAUCAAUGAAGAGAAGCAAGACGAAAUUCGCAACAAGUACCGCAGUGGAAACAAAAAGGGCAAAUCCAUGUCUGCUCGUGACCGCCGGACUCUCGAGAAGAUGGAGCACGAACACCGUGUAUUGAGCCGAGCAACUGCAAAGGCGGAUCAGAUUGAGCGCGGAUUUUGCGGUCGUGUCGGUCAAUGCCUACGCCCCUUCCAGUUCAUCUUUGGCAUCGUCUUCUUCCUCCUGAGCCUGUUUCUGGUCCUUUGCUUGACCAUGACGGCGGGUGAUAAGCUGCUGCAAAUUACCCAGCAGCAUCUUAACUGGAAGACUGGCUAUACCCAUGCCGCCCCCAAGCUGAUCAACCCCGUGGAUUUGGCCAUGACCACGUUUCAAAAGGCAUUCCCAGUGGAUUACGUUUUGUUGUCCCUCGUGAUUUACUUUUUCCUUUUGACCACCAUGUCUGGCAUCAAACACCUCGGCGUCCGUUUCUGCGGCAUGAAGGUUUAUGAUAUCAAAGCCCGGCGCACUGUGCCCCAGGCUCUUUUGUUCAUGUGCACGAUCGUCAUGUUUACGCUGCUAUUCUUGAAUGUUGUAUUCUUGACCCUUGCCCCACAAUACGUCACCUACGGCAACCAAAUGUAUUCAUCAUUCCCCAAAGACGCCAACGUCACUGGUUCUUACCAGUUGUACCCGUCUCAUCCAUCCCAAUGCAGCUCCAAGGCGCCCCUUUAUGUCUACACGGCUGAGAACGCGACAGACACGAUUCAAUUUAACAUUGACAUUUACGACGAGAAGAAGGACACAUGCAACAUGACAGCCAUUAAAGAGCUGACGCUUUACCCCCAAGAGCUUUUGAGCAACAUUACAUCUUGUCGCCGUGAACCGGCGUGUGUCUCAACGCGUAUCGCGGCUCUGCUGCACGCUUUCUUCUACAACCUGUGGUUCUUUGGCUUGAUCUACUACUGGGCCAACUGGGCCUUCUUCCUUGUGUUCCUGGCAGGACUUUUCUAUUUGACGUGCACCCAACGCAAGAGUCUCAUUCGUUCUCUCGUCAGUGAUGCCAAACACGACUUUUACGACAGCGAUGAUGACAUGAAGCCGUUCAACCCGUCGUGGGCCUGA